AUGUUUCUGCCGCUCCUUUCGGGCAUUCUCCACUUGUCGCGGCCCGUUUUCGGACCUGCUUCUUUUGGUCGCUUCGCGGGGAGGCUGGUCUUGGCGCAGCUGCUGGUUCUUGCCUCGCAACAGGGUGUCUCUGCAAGAGGAAUCUUUCCUCAGCCGCACCCCCGCGUGUGGUCCUCGUUCUCGCCCUCCUUCUGGCUGGUUUCCCCAGACUCGGCGUCCGGCCCCCGCCUCUUUUACUCAGCGAGUGAUCCCGACGCUUCUUCCGCCUUUCUGAAACUGCUUUCUUCGCCGUCUCCCUUUUCCCACGUGGCCUUUCGCGAGACCCUCGCCCGACAGGCAGACCGCGAGCGGCAGCCAAGCGGAGACUGCGGCGCCGGAUGCGCGCCCGGUUCGUUGGAAGAAAACGCCCCACAAGGACCGUCCUUGGCCUUCGUCUUUGCACGGCGUGCAGUGAAUGGGCGGCGUUUCCAACCGAACGCGUAUGGAGCGCAUCGCGUGGUUUCGAGAGGGAAGUCCGCCGUGCCGGGCGUGGAGGUCCCCAGACCGGGACUUGGGGGUCACCGGGAAGGAACCAGUUCGUUCUCGGCGCUUUUCUGGUGUCGAGGAGGCGCGUUAGAAACGGAGGGCGGCAGUCUGGCGAAGGGACGACUCAGCGUCUCCUCGCCUGCUCCUCGACUCUGCGGCCGCGAACCCACGCCCGAGCCUCUGGUCGGCUCGCAGGUGACGCGCCAAAGAGUGUCCUCCGGCAUGCGGGCACAGACACGGCGGACACCUGGAGUCUCUCCGUUUGGGAAAAGAGUCGGCGUGUCGCCUUGUUUCCGCAGCAGCAGUCUCACGUCGUCGCCGCCCUGGGCUUGUGCGAGAGAGAGUUUCCUGGAAGAACCAGAAAAAAUGAGACUGGUGUGGACAAUAACACGCGAGACGAGGUCCGAAGGAACAGCCCAGCCGGUCGCCAAGCCUCACGCAGCUGAGUCGGCCGCGAAUGAAGGAACGUUGGCGGCUCGCCAGUGGAACCGGACGGCGCAGCGAGUCGACCAGCAACGAGGACUCGCAGAAGGUGGCGAGGCUUCUCACUCGACGGAGAACGCUCUGCAUGCGAGAAACGGAAGCGUCUUGGCAACGCCCUUCUCGUGGGGAGUGUCGAUAACGACGCCGUGCGAAGCGGAGAGACGCUUCGGUGUCGGCGGCAUCACGAUGCACGCGCACCACAACCGGAAACGAAACAAGCUGGGCAGGCCUUACGGGCAUCGGCGCUGUCUGCUCCGCAAUCUGUGUACCGAACUCCUGCGCCACGGUGCAAUUACGACUACGUAUGCAAAGGCGAAGGAGUGCCGACGGGCUACCGACAAGUUGCUCAUGCUCGCGAAGGAGCCGUCGCUACACACGUAUCGCCAGGCGCUCGGCUAUUUGUACGACAAAGGCCUGACGCGCCAACUCUUUCUUGAGGCCUCCCAGCGGUUUGCGUACCGUCCUCACGGUUUCUGUCGGUUGCAAAAGCUUCCGUUUUGUCGACAAGGAGACAACGCUCAGAUGGCCCGGUUAGAACUGCUUGACUAG